UGAAUUUUAAAAGAAAGCAAAGACUAAUUAAACUAAGGAAUUGCAGAGCAAAAGGAGAUACUAAACAACAAAGACGUAAACGAAAAAUUAACGUGGGAGGACAUUGAGAAAAUGAGAUAUUCAUGGAAUGUUGCAUGUGAAGUGAUGAGAAUUGUUCCUCCUCUUGCUGGCACUUUUCGUGAGGCCAUCGAUCACUUCUCUUUUAAGGGUUUUUACAUCCCCAAAGGAUGGAAGUUAUAUUGGAGUGCCACCGCUACGCAUAAGAAUCCAGAAUACUUUCCGGAACCAGAGAAAUUUGAGCCAAGCCGAUUUGAAGGAAGUGGUCCGAAGCCUUAUACAUAUGUUCCCUUUGGAGGAGGAUCCAGGAUAUGUCCAGGGAGGGAGUAUGCUCGUCUAGAGAUUCUUAUAUUUAUGCACAAUCUUGUUAAGAGAUUUAAGUGGGAAAAAGUGUUUCCAAAAGAAAAUAAAUUAGUGGCUGAUCCCGCACCAAUACCAGCCAAAGGUCUCCCUAUUAGAAUCUUUCCUCAGUCUUGAGUUAAAGUUUGAAUUUGAUGGACCACUGGUUAUUGCUUUGUUAUUUGAAUAGCCUAUGUAAGGGUAUGGAUCCAUUUUAUAAUAAUGGUUGUGUCCAUACACAAGCAAAUAUUGGUCAAAGAAAAAUGGACGGUGUACUUUUAAUUGAUGAUUAUCAUGUCUACUGAUAUGAAAUGACUAUGUGAAUUACUAGAUGACCAUUUCG